UCACGUGGCUUUACAUCUUUCUAACCGAGCGUCUGUGAGAUUAGCCGCUGUUGUAUCUUUUUAGGAGGUUUUGUUAACUGAAAAAACGCUUGGUGUAUAUCAAGCGUGCUCUCACGUGCCAAAGGAUUUGCAGAAAAAGCUCUUUUCAGGGUGGGAUUUUGCCCUUCAGCACCUGCCGGCCAUCGGACCUUGGAACUAUUAAUCAAUCCGCCCAUCGAAACGCAGAGGGGCUUGCCUUGUCUGGACGUUUGUAUUCGUCUAUGGUUUGCCACCACCCUGACUGCCAAGACCUAAACAGCAAAAGCCCCCUUCACCUGUGUGAGUCAUGUGACUCGCGCUGCCAUUCUGAGACCUCAGACAACAUGCACUUUGACCGGCAUCCCCGAUUCGACUUGCAACCCCAAGGCUCCGUCCUGGCUCGGAACGUUUCCACACGCUCCUGUCCCCCACGCACCAGCCCCCCCUCUGACUUGGAGGAAGAGGAUGAAGGGGGCAAUGACCGUGGGGAGCGUAAAACAGGGGGGAUAAAGUUGGUAAAGAAGAAGCCAAGGAGACGACACACUGAUGACCCCAGUAAGGAGUGCUUCAGCCUGAAGUUUGAUCUUAACGUUGACAUCGACACAGAAAUUGUACCUGCUAUGAAAAAGAAAACCUUAAGAGAGGUCCUAGGUACAGUGUUUGAGAGGAAGGGCAUUGAGCUGUCCCGAGUCGAUCUAUUCCUGGACCAGUCCAACACUCCACUGUCUCUCAAUUUCGAGGCCUACCGUUUUGGUGGACACUACCUCAAAGUCAAAGCUCGGCCGGGUGAUGAGCUGAAAGUCGAGCAAGGUGUGAAAGACCUGCGAUCCCUCAGCCUGCCUAACAUGAAGCCCUCUGGAGGCCAAAGCCCUUACAUCCUCACCCCGGGCAGUGAGAGAGUGGAGCAUGGAUCUUUGGGGCGGCGCGAAAGCAUAGAUCUUUUGGGUCAGGCGCGACGGAGGAAGAACAUGACAGAGUUCCUGGGAGAGACCAACAUCCCAACCCCAGAUUCUCUUGGACAGAUCAGUGGCUCCCUGCCCAGCGUCGGAGCCGGGCCCGACAGCUGGAAGAACCGCGCCGCCAGCCGCUUCAGUGGCUUCUUCAGCUCCAGUGCCGGAGCAGGAGCAUUUGGCAAAGAGGCCGAUCGUGUGGAGCAACUCCAGAACAAGCUCCACUCUUAUACCUUGUUUGGGCUGCCCAAGGUGCCACAGCAGCUCUCCUUCCACCAGGAUUCCUGGGAGGAGGAGGAGGAGGAAGAGGAGACCAACCUAACACUGGAGGACAGUUGGCAGAUGCUGCUUGACAACCCAGAGGCAUUAACAAGGCGACAGUUCCACCAGCAAGAGGCAAUAUGGGAGUUGCUGCACACCGAGGCUACCUAUAUCAAGAAACUCAGAGUCAUCACAGAUCUUUUCCUUUGCGGGCUGCUGAACCUGCAGGAGAGUGGACUACUCACAGAGGUGGAGCCCACAAAGCUUUUCAGUAACAUCCAGGACAUAGUCCACCUCCACACAGCCCUGUGGAACCAGGUGAUGCUCCCUACCCUGGAAAAGGCCAGGCAGGCCAGGGCGCUUCUGGAUCCUACGGACCUCUACCAUGGUUUCAGAACGCUUGGCUCCAGGUUUGAGCCCUACAUCCGUUAUUGCAUGGAGGAAGAAGCCUGUAUGGAGUACAUGCGCACACUUCUCAGGGACAAUGAGCUCUUCAGGAUCUAUGUCACAUGGGCAGAAACCCAUAAGCAGUGUAACCGUCUAAAGCUAGCUGACAUGUUGGCGAAGCCGCACCAGAGACUGACCAAAUACCCCCUACUGCUAAAGAGUGUUCUCAAGAAGACGGAUGAAUCAUCAGCCCGUGACAUUGUCAACAGCAUGGUGGCCAUUGUGGUGGGCUUCAUCAAUGGCGUUGAUGCCCAGAUGCACCAGCGACAGGAGCAACAGAAGUUAGCCACCAUCUCUGCCCGCAUAGAAUCCUACGAAGCAGUAGAGGGCAGCAGCGAAGAGGUGGAAAAGAUCCUAAAGGAAUACAACCGCUUUGACUUGAUGGCUCCUAUGAGAGGCACAUCGUCAGAGGAGACUCGACAGCUUCAUCUUGAGGGAGCUCUGAAAAUGAAAGAGGGCAAAGACAGCAGGGUGGAUGUUUACUGUUUCCUGUUCACGGAUUUGCUCCUCAUCACCAAGUCUGUGAAAAGAGUGGAGAAAGUCAAAGUCAUUCGGCAGCCGCUCCUCAUUCACAACGUUGUCUGCAAGGAGCUCAAAGAUCCUGGCUCAUUCAUCCUUAUCUACCUCAAUGAGUUCAAGAGUGCAGUGGCUGCAUACACUUUUCAGGCCAACAGUGCCACCCAGGGGCGGAGCUGGAUAGAUGCCAUCUGCAAUGUCCAGAACCAGCUGCAGAGGCUCCGCACUGAGGAGGUCCUGCGGAAACGGAGCAGUAAUAAGCGAGGUAUAGACGGUGAAGAAGAGGAAGAGGAGGAAGAAGAUGAAAGCAGCAACUCCACCACAAGCUCUCCUGGCCUGCGACACAAAGACCAACAGAACACAAGCCAAUCAGAUGGAUCCACUGAGACUCUGUCAGUGAUGGACAUCGAUGAACCAGGAGAACACACCGAACCCACUACCCCCAACACAGACCCAGGGGGACCCCCGGAGAAACAUUCAGACAUGGCCACCCCAUCCGUCAGGUCUGAGAUCCAGCUGUCCCAGUCCAACAACCCACAGGGAGCACACUCCAGUAUUUUUGCAGAACAGGACCAAGAGGCCAGCCCUGAAAAUGGAGAACUGGAUCCCCAGUGUCGCUCUCACUCCAUGGACAGCGCCUAUGGCACCCUGUCCCCCAAGUCUCUCCUGAGAGAGCUGCAGUCUGAGCCAUGUCAAAGUGAGGGGGAGGAGACGGAGGAAGAAGAGGGAGAAAGAGAAGUCCAGGAGAUAGAAGCAGAAGGAGAAGAGUUGGAGGAAGAGCGGGUGGAAGAAGAGGGGGAGGAGGAUUCUACAUCAUCUCUGGGCUCCCAGCUGUCUGUUGUCCAGUCGUCUAAGCCUCGCCGGCGUCCUCAUGUUCAGUCCCGUCUGCACUGCCUCCAGAAACUGUCCUCUCUGGCUCUGUCUCGUUCCGAGGACAAUCUCCUGCAACGCUUUCAUGGCAGCACCCCAAAACCCCACGGGCAUACACACAGCCCUGAGGCCCAAGACCAAUCAAAAUGUAGGGAAAUGGACAAUGCUACAUCACUGUCUCACAGUAAGAGCCUGUCAGAGCUGGGCCAAAACUGUAUAGAACUGUUUUCAACUGAUCUUGAUCAGUCUGAUGACUACCUGAACAUAAGGUUGCCCUCAGAUAAACUCUGUGCCACAAUGAGGAGGGCAGAAGCCCGGCAAGUCGAGAAGGCCCCGGCAGGGUGCUGUGAGAGUCACGACACUCAAGACAAGAGCUCAGAUGGAGAUAUAGUGCCAUCUACUUCGCUGGAUGGCAACUGCGAGUCAGCAACCAGCGAUGGUCCAGGAGAAGCUUUGUCCAAGAACAAGAAGUCUCCAACCCAGCAGCACAAAAAAUUGACUGUGGCCCAGCUCUAUAGGAUACGCACCACUAUGGUCCUCAACUCCACACUCACUGCAUCGGAGGUAUAACCACUCUGACAGACAACUGACCAGUGGCAUGUGGCCAUAAUAAGGAACAACACUUGUUUUGAGUCUGCGUGGAUGGACUAAAUUCCUUGCGACACAGAUGCACUCUCUCUUACUGCCGUCUCCUCUUCCCAUUGCUUUUUGGACACUGUCCAUACUGUUUUUGCAUUCAAACAAUAACAGUCCUACUUGCUGUUGCAUUGGGUUUUUUUCCUUUUUCUGCAUGGAUGAGGAGAGGCAGGGAGACAUUAACUGCUUGCACUUUGUAAUAGAAGUAGCAUUACGGGGCUGGGACCUUAAAUUGGACUGGGGAGUAUGGAAGGUGUGGAGGUGCUACCUCUGCAGAGAGAGGAGACCGACAGGCAAAGGCAUGGGCUUUUAGGCAAAGGUCUUCCAAUUUCCUUCUUCUCUGGACCGGAGAACAGGUUGAGCUGAAGAGAGGCAGAUGGAUGAUCCAAGCGACCUCUUUAUUUAUGUUACCUGAACAGUGAAGAGGUUGGGCCGGGGGGGGCAAGUCUCAGAAGUACUCUCUAGACACGUGGUUGAAUAGCAGCACCUAGGACAUCCUAGUAUUUGUACUACUCCCGGUUUGCUUUGAGAAAAGAAAACAAAUGAAUAUUGCACAGCUGUUCUCUUUGUUAAGUAUAAGAAUCAAUAAGGGGUGAAUUUAUAUUUACAGUUACACAACUAUUAUGAAUCUAUUCUUUGCUGUUUUGUCUGCUUGUGUGUGGGCAAGUUUGAGAAUGAGUUUCUGAGUGUGUCUGUGCAUGAACGAUCCAUAGGCCCUAACUUUUGACUGAACCAAACGGAUCUCUAUCUCACAUGAAUAUGCUAGCAUGUCCAAAGUUGGAAGACCCCUGUAGCUUGUAGAUUUAAAACAAAAAGUUCACCCAAAGACAAGUAGUCCAAGAACCAACAAAAUGGAACAUUUUGUUUUCAGUUGCUGCGAUUAUGUCAUCUUAUGGAACACCUCACAAUUACGGCUGCAUUUCAAUCAAUUCCUAUACAGAUCACUGUAGAGAUGGAGCCACUUAUGUCCAGUUACUUUGUUGAACUAAUUCCGUUUUUUAUAAUGAACUAAUAAGAACAUUUUCCUUAUUAAGUGGGGAGAACAAAACAGUUGAAUUGACUGAACCUGGGUGACUAGAGCUGUUGUAAGGAAUUUUCUGCACUAAAUUAUAUUAUAACUUGAGCGUGCAGUCAUCCUGAGGCCUAAGUGGUUCGAAACCACCACAUCCACAAAUGCACGAGUAAGAACUUGAUGAUUUGGGGGGGGGGGCUUUACAUAUGUAAUCCAUGUUUUGGAGCACCUUUUUUGAGAUGUUUCAAUAACUGUUCCUUUACAAAAUAGUCACAAUACCAGGAGAUUGAACUGACGUUUGGGUUUGAUAAACAGUAACAAACGAAUCUGCAGAGCUGUUUUGAGGUGAUGACUUUUUCCAUACUAUACUUAUCAAAGAAAAUGUAAAAAAAAAACUACUUGUUUGCUGCAGCAUUGACCAUCACAGUAAAUUAACAUCUUCACAAUCACAUGAGCUUUUUCAGAACAACGAUUUAUCUUCAAGUCCUAUAACCUUUUUUUUCCCCCUGAAUGUUGCCCAAACCAAAUAGGAUAACUGUUUACUUUUAGUUUGUUUGUUUGUAAUAUUUAUUGCGCCUGCUAUGUUUUAUAAAUAAGAUAUUGUUUAUAUCAUUUACUUUAAUGAUUUGUAAAUUUUUUUGUUGUUGUAGUCUUAAUUUGUUUUUUUUUUGUUUUUUUUCUUGUCAGUCAUAAGGAAUCAGGAAUGUCUCUUAAGUGUUUUGCAAAAUAAAAAUGCUCAAAUAUUUUGUAAUCCUUCUUUAAAUGUUUUAAUCCAAUGUAAAUGAAGUGAUUUGAGGAGAGAGCCUGAAUCAGAAUGCCAUCACAUUAAAAAAAAAAAAAA